CAUGAUUAAUGUUGUGGUAUUUGAGUGGAUAAGAAGAACUGAAUUUCUGAAUAAUUUUAUGCAUCUCUCUGAUACAGAUAUAGAUUUAAAAGGUAGCAUUUUCCAAAUGGAGUCCUUAAUGUUUUUUCCAUUGUUUGCAACCACGUCUCUAACUCCCAAAUGAGUCCCAUCCUUUCAAAUUCACCAACUUUUGCCUCUUGUAUUAUCUGAUAUAGUUUUGAAGCUUGCCAUUUUGUUUCAUUUAUGCUGUCUGUACAAUACAUUUGAACUAGGGUUGAUGUCUGUUCUGUUUAAUUUGGCCUGAAAGUAAUUUAUCUGCAUUUGUUGCAACCAUUUUUUUUUAUUGUGUCAGAAGCGAAUUGUGAACAUACUGCAAGUCGCUUCUGGUGUGAGAGAAUUGACCAUCUACAGAGAUGUUGCCCAGGGGACACCUGGAUAUGUUACCAUCCUGCUGGGAGGCUUUUCUCAAGCUAGAGCUGGCAAACGGGAGCUCACCCCAUCUCGCGGAAUCGAACCGGAAACCUUCAGGGAGUGUCCACUGUUCAAGAGAAGCUCUGGAGAUUAUCCCAAGCAAUGGGGAUGUGGAGCUGGGCGAUAAGAUGUAUUUCUUAUGCAAAGUAAGAAAAGGCGGGGAGGCCACGUUGACAUGGAUUGACCCCGAAGGCACUGACAUUGAUGAGGAUUCAGAGCCAUACAAAGAGGUGCUAGUUGACGAACUCUCAAAGGGUCUGGAGAUGACCCUGACCGAUCCUAAACAGGAAGGCAUCUUCACAUGCAAAGGAGAUUUUGAUUCUGGAGGGACUGUUACCGUCCAGAUCAGAAUCCAUGUGAUCCAGAAACCCAAAUUCGUGACCAAAUUGGAGCCCGUGAAGAAUGUUCCUGAGGGUUCAAGUGUUGAUUUCAGUUGCCAGGCUACUGGGAUCCCAUCACCAACCAUCAGAUGGCUAUUUGAAAAUCAGGACCUCAGUGCUACCGAGGAUGGACGAAUCUCUGUUGAACAUGGGACACUGGUGAUAAAAGAAACCAGGCCUGAGGAUGCUGGUGUCUACACCUGUGAAGCCAGGAUUGAUGAACGGAAUGAAGUGGCUUCUACAAAUGUUUCCCUCAACGUUAAAUUCACUCCAAGGAUACAACUCCCCACCGGCGAAUCCUUUGUCACCCAGAUUGGGAAUCCCUCUCAUUUCAACUUCACCAUCCUAUCCAACCCUUCCCCAGAUGUCUCCAUUUCUUGGAAGGGGAAGGUCUUUGAGGAUGCUGAUAUCAAAAAGACAGCAGAAAGUGAGGAUAAAUAUAUGUACUUCUUUGAGUUCACUCCAACAUCCCAAGAAGAUAUUUCAGAGUUCUUCAUAACAGCUACCAAUGAAGUGGGAAGGACAGAGAAGUCGGUUGCUCUUCAAGAAGACACUCCAGACAAGGCUUUGGGCAUAGGUGCCCUUCUGGCCAUUGUAUUGGCAAUCCUCUUAGUCAUCUUUCUGGUGGUGGAUGCCUCUUGCUAUUACAAACGCCGGCGUGGCUUGCUGAUGUACUGCAGAACCAAUAUCCUAGACAGAAAUUCAUCCAGGGCAACUGUUGAAAACAAUGGGAAGAUGCUUUCAAAGUCUGGAAAGAGCACCGUGGUGAAUGUUUCUGGCAUUGAAGCCUAAUGAGCACAGAGUAAUGACCUUGGAUUAAGAAAUUAUAUGAUUGUUUAGUGAAGUAUGUACGGAUUAAUGGGAAAUAGGAAAAGAUUCAAAGAAACCAAAAGCUUCUCCUUUGCCAUGUGGUCCUUCACACCCUUCAUCCUUACUAAUCAUCACUUGCAGGAUCUCUUUCAUCAGAUAUCAGGCAGAAUCCAUGGCAUGCUAAUUUUUGCUAUCCUCUAGAACCACAGUAUUUCAGAUAUCAAAAUAGUUCAUUAUCCCAUCCUCAGGUCUUCACUGCUUCAACAAUGUUGCUUUUAAAGCAUAAACCUUCAUGUGGACAUUUAUGGCAGGAAUCCUGUUGAUGUCUUACCAAACAUAAUGCCAGCUUUAUUUGUGUAUAUAUAGUUUUGGACAUGAUAGAAGAAGGUAUCCUGUACCUCCUUGUGCAAUACCCGUCACUGUAGUGUACAACAGCAGCUGUCUUU